AUGAAGCUUCUCGUCAUUCUGCUCUCUCAACUGGCCAUAGCCUUUUGUGCUGAAAACAGAACUCUGUUCCAGUACAUCCAGGGUCAUAGCGAAUUCAGCAUUCUAGAGGGAUUACUGAGCAAAGCUCAGCUUAGUUCAACACUCAACAGCCCCGGUACAUUCACAUUGUUCGCCCCGACGAACGAUGCAUUUAACAAGCUGCCCAGUGGAAUGCUUAGUAACCUACAGAGCGUGGACACUGUAGCUCUUUCCAACCUCCUCUUAUACCACGUUACCAAUGGUAUUCUCAUCGCCCCUCUCCUCACCAACGGGAUGUCCGCCACAUCCAUUAGCAACCAGACCAUCAACGUGAACAAGUAUCCUAACGGGGCUGUGGUUGUACAGGGUUCCACUGUAACCGGAGGUGACAUCAUCUUGACGAACGGAGUCCUACAUGCCAUUAGUAGCGUUAUGUUUCCAUCUUCUUUGUCCAUAUCUCAGUACAUGGGGAAGGAUGAAAGUGACUAUGUUGACCUUUACUCCGCUCUGGUGUUCACAGGGCUGGAGCCAGCUCUGGCCAGCACUGGAACAUUCACUAUAUUUGCCCCUAAUAACGAUGCCUUCAGCCAGCAGAUUGGCGGUCUCCAGUCUCUUACCGCCGACAAGGAUGCUUUCGCAAACAUCUUGAAGUACCAUGUGGUUCCACAAACACUGUUCUCAGCCGGACUGACGGACGGUCAAACUCUCACGACUCUUCAAGGCACAGAUCUCACCGUCCACAUCGAUAGCACGGGUGUGCACAUCAAUAACGCCCUAGUCCUUAAAGCUGACCAGCCAGUGACCAACGGAGUCAUCCAUAUGAUUAACACCAUCCUGACCCCCGUGUAA